UAUUUGUCAAAGAUUCCAAAAAAGAAAUGCUGGAAUAGCUAAAUAAACAAACCAAGCCCCAUAUCCUCCAUUACUGCUUUUUUCUUCUUGUCUAUUUCCCAAGGCAAGUGAAAGAAAGCUGACUUCUAUAAUUUGUUACAUAUCCUUCAAAUUGAAACCAAGCCAGAAAAUAUACCAUUCUCUCCUCCAAAUUAAUCAUGGCUCGUACUUGUCAAGUUCCUCAAGGGCUUAAGCAAGAAGAAUUCAUAGAGCUAGAGCCAUUGAUUCGAAACUAUCAUACCUUUGAGCAUUUAUCAAACACUUGCACUUCACUCAUAACACAGCGUAUUGAAGCACCAGCAAACGUCGUGUGGCCGUUCGUCCGGCGCUUCGAUAACCCCCAGAAGUACAAGCAUUUCAUCAAGAGUUGCAAGAUGACAGGUGACGGUGGAGUUGGAAGCAUUAGAGAAGUGUCUGUUGUGUCUGGAAUCCCUGCAUCGACAAGCACAGAGAGACUAGAGAUUCUGGACGAUGAGAAGCAUAUUCUGAGCUUUAGGGUGGUAGGCGGAGAGCAUAGGCUGAAUAAUUAUAAGUCCGUUACAUCGGUGAAUGAAUUCGAGAAAAAUGGGAAAGCUUAUACCAUAGUAUUGGAGUCAUAUAUAGUUGAUAUACCGCAAGGGAAUACUGGGGAAGACACCAAAAUGUUUACUGAUACAGUCGUCAAAUUGAACUUGCAGAAGCUUGGCGUCGUCGCAAUGGCUGCUCUGCAUGGCCACGAAUGAGCAUAGACUGUACCUCUGGAUGUCUGGUGCUGGUGAUUGGAGCGGUAUCUAUCCAUCUAUAUAUCUCUUAAUUAUAUUUUCAUUUUUCUUCAAAAAAAUAAUACAAAAAGAGAAAAUCUCUUUCAAUUAACUAUUUCUUAGUGGUUAGCAUCGUUUUCUUGCAACUUGGAAAUUAAGUUAGUUUGUAGUAUAUAUUUUUU